AUGGAUGUCUCAGCUGCUGCUCCGCGCCGCUCGAAGCGGGACCACUUGCCCAGCGCUAAAGCCGCAGCCGCAUCGGCCUCCGAGUUCAUCUCUCCUGCUCCAACUUCUUGUUCCCGUCGCUCCCAAAGGCGUCGCGUACCCCCCAGUGUACCCCCAGUACCCCCUUCGCUGUCCACAGGGACUUUGUCUGUGUCGUAUCCCGUAUCGACGUCUCUAAACGAUCCUAUUGGGCCCAAUGGUCAAAGUCGAAAGCUCCGAAAAGAUGUGUAUACGGCAAGUAUUCCAAGUGUAUACCAACAGGGGGUACACUCCAUGUACCCCAUGGGUACCCAUCGCAAAGGCAAAGUGCUGGGCAGAUACUCGAGCCGUGACUGUGCAGUGCUGUGUGAAGUAAUCCUAAGCCAAUUGGAAAAACAGACUCUGGCUCUGACGGUACUAGACGAGCCCAAGUCACCAGCAUGUAUCAGGUGGGAAGCCGUGGCUGAUACAAUGAAGACAACACGUGGGGUCUGGAUAACGCCCCGAGAGUGUCAAAUCGUGUGGAAGUUCUUGGCAUACGGACAGCAUGCUGAGUUUAAAGCCGGGAAGGAGCUACUACCGGACUCCGAUGAGGAAGAGUGUGGCCAAAGUGCAAAGCAAAUUAAUGCCCGACUAGCUGCUGGCACAGCAAAAUUUGCAGGGUCGAAGCUGGAAGGAGGUGGAGCUGCUGCAAAGCACAGCACGACGGUAGGCAAACAGGAUAUUAGAGCAGGAGAAGGCGUGACAGGAACGAGGAGUGAUGGCAGACUACUGAACGACGUUACUGAAGCGAGGUCAAUGAAAAGUACCUCGAGCGAAGCAAGUGCACAGCAAACGACCAAGAAGGCUUCUAUCAGGUUGUAUCCAACCUACUGGCUUCCUACGGGGGCACCGGAUGCUUGGCAUCGCCCGUUCGGUCCGAAAGACGCGCUGCCGCUGACUUUUGUGGCAUCGAGGUUUCUUCGGCGAAAAUCAACGCCGCCACCGGCUCCGUCGCGGGUGCAGCAAUUGACAAUACUGCCAAGUCCAAGCGCUACCGGGCCAGCAGAGCUGAAGCGAAAACAAGCAGACGAUGAUGCUGAGGCAGCCAAGAAAGCGAAGCUUGUUGCGUAA